GUAGGGACGGAGCAACGACUAAAACGUAGUGACGAAGACUACAUCAAACAAUCCGAAAACGCAUCCAUCCUCUUUCGUCACGAAUGCUGUUUGAAAAAGAACAAGGCGGAGGCAGCUCGCGAUCCUGUCACACAGUGUCAGUGUCAAGCAGACCUGUCCAAGACGAUCUCAAAUCGAUAG